GAGGUUGAAAUCAGGUGUAAUUAAAAGCGCCUGGUGCUUUGGCUGGCAGACUUAGCUCGGAAGGCGGUCCAGGCAAGAGACCUCGCUAGCAAACUCCAAACAACAGGCUCCCACUAUUUACACUUUUAAUCGCCUGCAAAUUGCGCAACGAUGGCUCUUGAGAAUUCGCCUGCCACGCUCGCCUCGGCACCGGGCAAAGUGCUGGUCGUCGGAGGGUACCUAGUGCUGGACCGCGCGCAUAGCGGACUGGUGGUCGGCACCGAUACAUGCCUGUACGCAGCGGUCCAAACUCAGCCCCUCGAUAUCCCAGUCUCCAAAACCGAGCUUGCAGUCUCCGUGGUUUCGCCUCAGUUUGACUCUGCAUGGUGGCAGUACGCCUUCGACACAGCCACAGGAAAGCUGCGCCAGCACGCCAGUGCAAACGACACCAGCAACCGGUUCGUCGAGGUGGUUCUCGAGUCCACGCUCAGCCUGGCCGCCGAGUAUGUACCUGGAGCGCUCCCUCGGAGUCGCUUGCGCAGGAUCCCACGCAUGGGGCCGACCGGAACCACCCUACAGGGCGUGCACAAGACCGGGCUGGGCAGCUCGGCUGCAAUGGUGACAUCGCUAGUUGCAGCACUGCUGGCACACCUCGGCGCUAUAUCUGUCGAGAGCCUUAAUCCAGAGAACCACAGUGCUGAGGAGGCGCAGCGGAGCUUGAGGCUUGUGCACAACAUCGCCCAAUCGGGAUCUGGAUUCGACGUGUCAUCGGCUGUCUACGGGUCGCACGAGUACCGGCGAUUCUCCCCCAGUGUGCUUGAGGAUGCGAUGGCGCAGACCGGGGAUGUCGCCGCGGUGAAGGCAGCAGUGUCGCCCGAGAACGCCGCCUGGGACAAUGAAGCCAUUCCGGUGCAGAUCCCGCCGGGCUUCACACUGCGUCUGGCUGAUGUCGAUGCUGGCAGCAACACGCCCAGCAUGAUCCGGAAGAUCCUGCAGUGGAAAAAGGCGUUCCCAGAGAAGUCUGACAAGUUGUGGCAGUCGCUGCAUGGCGCUAAUGCCCAGAUCCGUGUGCUCUGGGACAAGCUGGCUGAUGCACACCGCAGCGACCCCAAGGGUUAUGACAGCGCCAUCGCCUGGUGCGCUGAGCGUGCGAGCAACGAAUGGAAGGCUGCUCCUACUUUCGAAUCAAGCACAACGCAGCAGUUGCUAGUCGAUUUGGUCAAGGCAAUCCAGGGCGUUCGUGCGCUGCAACGCGAGCUGGGCGAAAAUGCCGGUGUGCCGAUCGAGCCGCCCAAGCAAACGCGGCUGCUGGAUGCCUGCAUGCAGGUGCCUGGCAUUUGCAUGGCUGCCGUGCCAGGCGCCGGCGGCUACGAUGCUAUCUACUGUGUUGCGCUAAGCGAUGAUGCCAGCCGGCGCGUGGAGGAGCUUUGGGCCCAGUGGACCGAGAUGAGCGUCGGUCCCUUGCUGGCAAACCAGGCGUCCAGCGGCGUCUGCGCGCUCGAUCCCGCGGCAUACCCUGAGAUCACCUCCAAGCUAUGAGACGUGUUAUUUUCAAAAUGUGGAAAUAAAUGUGGAACUUUAC